AUUACUUGUAUCUGCUGUACUCCUGUUCUUGUAUUUACUGUUGUUGUUGUUCUUGUUGUUGAGCUCUACCUGUACCUGACCUCCUUUACACCGACAGUCGCUACUACUCCUCUGUUGUAUCGAAAGGAAGAGAGAGAGAGAGAGGGAGAGAGUGAGAGAGAGAACCACUACAGAUUCAUCAUCAUCAUCAUCAUCAUCAUCAUCAUCAUCAUCACCAACAACCACCACCAUGAAGGCCUCCUCACCAAACAAAGUCGCCGUUGCGACUGCACUUCUCCUCUCUGGAGCGGCUCGAGCCCAACAACAAUACCGAAUCGACCCUCAAUCCGUCUCCAACACCACCCGAGACUUCUGGUGCCAACAACAGAUCACCCAAUGCCCCCUCAUCUGCCUCGACCAAGGCUCUUCCACCGGAACAACCUCAUCAAACGAAUGCGACUCCGAAAGUCUCACCUACGCCUGCGUCUGCGACAACGGCAACUCGCCCAACGUCUCCGAGUAUAGCAAUACGCUCCCCUACUCCAUCUGCACCCAAUGGGGCACACAGUGUGUCUCCAACUGCGGCUCCGACACCGAAUGCGCCAGCGACUGUCGCCAGAAUCACCCUUGCGGAGCCCAGAAUCCAACCCGCCAGAAUACGAGUACCUUGACCACGUCCAUGAUGGCCUCGACCACCAUGACGGGAUCGAUGGGCUCGGCAGGUGCAAGUGACGCCCAGACCACGGAUGGGCCUGCCAGAGUCACGACCGAGUCGGAUGGCAGCACCGUGACGGUGUAUUCGGGUUUGGUGGGACAGACGACGAAUGGCGAGAGUGCGGGAGUCAAGAAUGUCAGAGUGUGGGCCUUGGGAAUGGGUCAGACGUUUGGAACUGUGGGUGUGUUGGGUGCGGCCGCCUUGGGCUUUGCCGUGUUGUUGUAGAUGCCCUUUUUUCUUCUUUUAAUCUUCAAGCAUGAAGAGGAGGAGGGAACAGAAGAAGAGAAGGAGGAGGAUACAUACGAGAAGAGUCAGUCAUUCCUUUUAUUCUGAACAGCGCACAGCGUCGGAGUUCUUUCGGUGGUCAUGGUGAUGGGGAGACAUGUGGAUAAUUGGGUGAGCAACAAUGGCUAGCAUAAGCGAGAUGAGCGAGACUGUUGUUCUUGUUGCUGUUGUUGUUGUUCUUGUGGUUCUUUGACGACGAAGGAUAUUGGUCAAGAUCGAUGUGUGCAAUCAAUUAGGAGGAGAAGUCACAUAUAUAAUAAUGAGCAUACUGAGACGGCGAGUUCUCCAUUCGACGAC